UUUCUUGCCCCCUCAUGAUCAUGUUAAACCCCACCUUUACUCUUUUUGAUGAUGACGUUUCAACUGCUACUUCAAUUUCCAAACCAACCAUGUUAGCAACCACCCGAACCCUAUAACUGAAAAUUCACUUCAAGAACAUCAAUUGUCCUGCAAAUUACUGAGUAAUGUCUGAGCGCACUGUCCUUAUAACCGGCGCUACCGGCCUGCUGGGUCGUGAGGUCGCUACAACUUUCGGCCUCAAGAACUGGAAUGUCAAAGGCACGGGCUAUUCUCGCGCAGAUGGAGUCAACACCUUCAAGAUCAAUCUAAGCAAUGAGACGGAAGUGGGAGAGUUUCUGGAUGAGACCAAACCACAGGUUAUUGUCCAUUGCGCUGCUCAAAGGUUCCCAGACAAGGUCGAUAAAGACCCCGAAAGUGCCCGUGAACUCAACGUCGCUGCGAGCAAGGCACUCGCUAAGCUGGCCGCGGAUAGAGACAUAUUUGUCAUAUAUAUAUCAACCGACUACGUGUUCCCCGGUACGCCGGGGGAUGCUCCCUAUGAAGCCGAUGCCAAGCCUCAGCCUACCAAUCUUUACGGCCAAACGAAGCUGGAUGGUGAGCGAGCCGUCUUAGACACGCUGAAGCAGGUUGGAAAGGAGGGCCUGGGUGUCGUUCUUCGAGUUCCUGUCCUCUAUGGGAACGCUGAGACGCCAGCCGAGAGUGCGGUCAAUGUUCUUAUGGAUGCACUAUGGAAGGCACAGACACAGGGAGCUGAAAUUAGCAUGGACCACUGGGCAAUACGCUAUCCUACGAACACAGAAGACAUCGGUAGGGUAUGCCACGAUAUUUCCGUCAAGUACCUCGAUGCUCCAACUAAGGAGCGAUCUUGUCUUCCCCGAGUUCUCCAGUUUUCCUCAGAGGAUCGAAUGACGAAGUAUGAGAUAGUGACACUAUUUGGUGAGAUAAUGGGCCUGUCAACGGAAGGGAUUAAGCCCAACACGGAAGGGAAUGACCCAAAUGCCAGUGUACAGCGACCUUAUGACUGCCACUUGAGCACAAAGGCGCUAAAAGAUCUGGGAAUUGAUGUUUCAACCUGCGACUUCAAAGGCUGGUGGAGACGUGAGGUUCGCGCAUUUCGCAAGUAAUAGGGAGCACUGCCAGCAAGGAUCGCUGCAUUCCGGUGUGAGACAUGUAUUCUUAAGAGCAAAAGUUUCAGAUGAGACGAUGGGUUCCCUUGAGUCGUGCUCGGUGGAAAAAGGGAGCAUGUCUUGGGCGCAGAAUAUGACUGGAGACACGACGUAUGAAGAAACCAGACCGCGAAACUAUCACUUCAUUAUUUCAUUCGCUGAACUGAAGAAUGAUAAAAGACGACUAUAGAAAAGUCACGGCUUGGUCAUGUCUUUGUCAGAUCAUAGCGGGAUAUCAACUGAGCACGUUUCUAUUGUUGGGAACUCUUUUGGAAACAUCUAACUGCGUAUAUAGUACCUACCUACAGAGUAGGUAGGCAGUGUUUAAAGCAUCUAUCAACCUUAACCAGGUGCCUAUGACUAUUUACCUACCAUAGGUCGCUAAGUAAUUUAUUGAGACAUGCAACUCCCUUGCACUAUGUAGCUGCUAGUAGGACUCUAAAAUACGUUUUGCGGCGGAUAAAACAGAGCUGGCGUUCACGAUCGCAAGCCGCCAUGUCUAAAAGCGCUAUCUUCAUUGAAAUCGGUAAUUUUUUUCUCUCUGUAAAUCUGUCCCCAUUCUGGGAAGU